CUUGAGAGUCGACUCCUUUGUCAAUUUUUGAUAGUUUGGGACAUAUUGGCCAGAGAAAUAUCUGUAUCUCAUCCUUCCAGCUUGCCCAAACUUAAUCAAGCCCAUCAUCAUCUACUUUCCCUUAGCUCAAGCGAUCAAGAACAAUUACUCAGCUAUAAGAGCAACAUGUCAGGAUCCAACACCAACACCCCACAGGACUUGUCCAAGGUCACCAGCGCCGUCGACCCGGCACUACGACCAGCACACGAAGCACUGUUCAACGCCGGAUUGGCAGUUCGACGAGCCGUGGUGGGCGAUGCCUAUGUCGACCGAGCACUGGAGAAUGGUUCGACCGAAUUCUCUCGUCCAGGCCAAGAACUCGUCACUGAGUGGUGUUGGGGAUAUGCCUGGACCCGGCCGGGCUUGGAACGCCGAGAUCGCUCUCUCAUCAACAUCGGCAUGCUCAUGGCUUUGAAUCGCGCUCCUGAGUUGGCUGUCCAUAUUCGUGGUGCCAGGAACAACGGUCUGUCUGAGACGGAGAUCCGUGAGGCUAUUUUACAUGCCACAACAUACUGCGGUGUACCUUCUGGCGUCGAUGCGAUGAAGGUCGCGGAAAGGGUCCUGAAUGAUAUGGAAAAGGAAGAAGGGCUUAAGCGAGAAUUGGGUGCGAGGAGUAAGGAUGCCUAAAGGUUGGAACACAGAGUUCGAGUGAGGAUAGUUUCAAGGUAUUGAUGAUAUGCUGCCAUUCAUACAUGUCUGAUAUGUGAUCAUCUAUCUAGUAUGCGAAAAUAACCCAUAUAAAAUACCCACGCUCAAUAUGCUUGACCA